CCCGCUUUCCUCCUCCUCCUGAAGCCUUCCAGAGGCGGGGCUCCACUUUGGCCGCUUUUAGUCCCGACCGGAGCCUCCCGCAGCGCCUUCGGGGACCUGGCGUGGCUCCUUCUUCCUUCCUUCCUCCUCCUCCUCCUUUGUUCCUCGCACUCCUGGCCAUGGCUGUUUGGAGCGGCUCCGACCCCAGCCCUGCCGGCUCGGUGCGGCCCAGCCUGGCCUCGGUCUCUUCGGGGGAGCUGCAGGGCUGCCUCCGGACCUGCAACUGCGAGCUGGCCCUGCUGCCCCUCCGGCAGCUCCUGGCCCUCCAGCCCCACUUUUUCCAGCUUCAGGGGGACAGCCUGGCGGUCUUGAACCCCGGGAACCGAGGCUUCACCGUCCUGAGCGAUGGCUCCCUCCGUAUCGAUGGGAACCAGGAGUGCAGGCUCAGCGGCUACUUCAAGAGGUAUGUGGAACUUAACACCCAUUACGACUAUAAAAACUACAGAGAGGUUAUAUUGGGCCGGCCAUUGGUAUUAUUUGUCAACGUGAAAACAAGAUACAGUUCUUCAAAAGAAAAGACCUACGCCUUGCUUGUGAAUGUCCGGCAUCCAAAGAUGAGAAGACAGAUUGAAAAUGGAAUGAACAACAUCAUAUCAUCUGUUAUUGGAGAAAGCUAUAAACUUCAGUUUGACUUCCGGGAUGUUGUGAAGAAGUUUUUUCCUUCCGGAGCCCAUCUUGUCAAUGAAGAAAGCUUGAGCUUCUCUUAUGAAUUCAAAUCUGAUGCCUUGUUUGAUUUCUUUUAUUGGUUUGGAGUCAGCAAAAAGACUGUUUCAGUGAAUGGGAAAGUUCUUAACUUGUCCAGUACUAAUCCAGAGAAGAAAGACAUUAUAAUGAAGUUUCUGGAUAAAAUGAGCGAACCAAACCUACGGUCAAACAGCUUUUCAGACAGAAAGUUCAGCAUUAUUUCCAGAACUUCAGUGGAUGACGUGUUUAAUGGCAACCUGACACCGCAAUCACCUUGGACAGAAACAGUUUGGACACUUUCAGGAGUUAAGAAAUUAGAGGACUGACCACAUGCUGUGAUUGGAUUUUCAUAAAUCAGAAGAGGAUAGGUCAGAAAAUGAGAAAAUGUAUCACAGAAUGACCUUUACUGCAGAAUGCAACUAAUUUCUGAAAGAAAGAGUGUGUUCUGUAUCCUUCCUCAAAUUGCAGGAUGUUCUGGUGUUCCAGUUGGUUUUUGUGAUUAAGGAAAAGCAUCUUCUCAUUUCUGAAAUGCCACCUGCAGAGUUGACUCUUUGCACAGCGCAUUAGGAGUUGCUUGUUUGGAGCAUAGAUAUUUCUUGGUAUUGCUGUUAAACACUUAAGCAUAUAGCUAAACAGAAGAAUUUAAAAUCUAGAUUAGUUAUUUUAAAUAACUACCACAUGUUAAAAGAUGAAGAGUACCAUGACUAGCAAGCUGUUACAUAACUGUUCUUGUCCUUAUCACCUUUCAAUUUCCAGCCUAAAGAGAUUAAAAAUGCUUCUAAUGCUCAACAAGUAGAUGAAGUAGUAUUACAAACUGAAGUACAGGAUUUUUAAUGGCAAGUGGUGGCCUUGAAAAAGUAAUAUAUGCACUACUUAACCUGAAGUGCAUUUUUGUGUUAUGCAGACAAUACUCCAUUUUUAGCUUUGCUUUGGCUUAGAAAGAUUUUACUGUGUGCCUGUAGAUAAAACUGAAACACUUGUCUACCAUUCAGAAAGCUUUGAGAGUAUAGUCUCUUCCUAGAUCUCCCCAGACCAUAAUAAUUCGUUCUUCCUGUAGGUCAUCCUGCAUCUUAAAUUGUUCACUUGUUUAUUCUGAAGCACUGUAAGAUUAACUGAAAGCAGUUGGAAGAAUUUAAUGUUGCAUUUUAAUGAAUUUUGUCUUGCAUUCUGAUGUCAUUUAAGCCUUUGUAUGUCACAUCUUGAAAAAUGUUUGCCCAGCACUUCAGUUUAUAUGAAUGCUAUAUGAACAUAGAGAUAGUAAAAAGUGUUUAAAGCAACGAUGUAAUGGUAAUACAAGUUACUUAAAAACAUUAAUAAACACUUAACAAACUGAGUUAUAACAGCACACUGCAUUAUUGCAGAAUUAUAAUGUGCAUUGCCUGUGUUGUUGAUGCAAUGAAGUCAUGGGAUUAUAUCUCACAACUUCCAUCCAGACCAGGACAUGGUCUUUUUAGAGCUGAUAUUACAGCAUACAUUCUUCUCAAUAUAUUCCCAAAUUGCAGGAAAUGGAACUCAAUUCAACUGUUGUUCUGAGCUAUUUGUUAAAGGCAGAUGUGGUUUACAAGGUUCUUUCAUAUGGAAUGCUUUUUCAGUCAAAAUAGACAUACGUUAAUGGUACACAAUGCUGUAUAAUGCAGAACAGAAAAAUCCAUACCAUACAUAUAUGGCAAUUUCUUAUUUUUACAAUGAUGUCAAUGAUGGUAAAACAGGAUCUACUGUUUGGCAGUACAGCCAUGAGGACAACACACUGUUGUAUGGUUAUUUAGGUGAGUGAAUCCCUUUUUUUCAGUUGUAAUAUUUGGGACAUUUUUACAAUUGCCAACACAUAUGAAUCUCCUGGAAUUUAAUUUUUCCCCCCAUAAAUAGCAUGGGGCUAGAGUACUCUGAUCAUUUUCCUAAGUGUCCUUUUCCUAAGAGGGAAUGUCUUAUUUAUUUCUUUGGAUGAGGCAUGCUUUGUGCACACUCUUCCUCUGAAAACAAAAUGGGCAACCUGCAUGAGGACUGGAAACUGGAAAAAAUCUGUUCUCCUCAGACACUAAAUGAAUGUGUGAAUAUAACUCGGAGGACUAAAAAUGUAUACAUCAUAGGCAUUCCAUAGUAAAACAAGCUGUUUAAGAUGUUGGGGAGAUGUAUUUGCAUGUGGCAAACCUAAUUGGGUAUCAUAUAUAAUUUUCAAUCUCUCUGUAGCAAAUUGUUUAUCUUUUCUGUGUGCUUUCAUAUUUGCACAUCAUUUUUUAUAUCAUCAGUGUUCAAUAUGGAAAUGCUGCCCUUAAAUGUGGAAUCAUAAGAAUUGGAAGAGACCACAUGGGCCAACUAGUCCAACCCCCUGCCAUGCCGGAAAAGCACAAAGUAUUAAAACUGUGCUAUAUUGGACCUUUUUGGCAAAGCAGCACUUUGAUGUUGCUUGGAGAAAGGAAUUCUGCAUAACUAGAAUGAACAAGCCCUGUUAGAUAUUUACCUCCCAGGCUUUUGGCAUGAUCAUACAUGUUUUAAAUACUAGUCAACCUCUUUUUAUAUAUGAUUCUGUUCAGUGCCUUUGUUUGUCAUCACUGCACAAUAAAGUGAGAUUUUGAA